AUGACGGGUUUUAAAAAUGAAUUUAUCAAGUUGGUUGGGUAUCAAGGGGAGGGGCGUACAAUUCAAAGUAAGCCAAACUGUAGAGGAGCUAUCUUAGGUUUAAGAAAUUUGAAACAACGCCGUAUCGCAAUGAAUCCAAUACCGAAACCUUCAGCAGACUGUUUGUCAGAAGUUGUCGUCGAUCACCGUCGGCCUCCACAUUAUACAAGGCAGCCGUUAUACCAUGGUAUAGAUUCACCGCCACCAGGUUACGAUGAAGCACUACUACAGGAAUUUAUUCAAGAGUGUCAAAAUCAUCGUAUUCCUGCAUACACAGAAUAUUUUUUUAGAUAG